AGUUCGAGUGAGAUUCACUAGCUCUCACGUCUCACAUUUUACCUGUUCUAAAUUUUUACCGUAAUUACUUGGCUUUAUUGCGACCGUAUAUUAAUUAUUAAAGUAACACUAUAAUAAGUUACAAGUCAGUGCCCAAAAAUACUACGAUAAAAGGAUCAGCUGACGAACAUAAACAAAGGGCAUGAUAAUAUUCUGUGAAGUGGUGAAAUAUUUACAAAAUACAUUGUGAUCCGUACUGUAACUAUGGAUAUUGAUGGUUCAUCUAUGCCAAAUCCCCAAAAUAUUGGGGAAAUAGAUCAAAAUUUACUUUUACAGUUUAGCUGUAUGAAUACUACAGACAGGGAAGAACUAAUAGGUCAAAUGCAGAGACUAUUAGGUCCUAGUUUGACCCAUAACACAGCUAGUUUCUUUCUUGAUAUGAGUAAUUGGAACUUGCAGACUGCAAUAUGUUGUUAUUUAGACUAUACCUUACCACAAAAACUUCCAUCAAUGUCAUUGAAGGCAGCUCAAAACCAGGAAACAGCUGUCGGUCCUGGGGUCUGUUUUGAACAAAACUGGACCAUUGCCAAUACAGGGGCGGAGAGUUGGCCUGGUAGCUGUAGAUUGCUACAAGCCGGAGGAGAGCCACUAGGUGCUACACCUGUCUAUGUGCCUCCUUUACCUCCGGGACACUCCACCACUGUUAUGUUAAAAUUAGUAGCACCUAGCAGGCCUGGUACACAUAGGGGCUAUUUCCACUUAGUGACUGAAAAAGGAGACCAAAUAGGAGACACAUUGUGGGUGGAAGUUACGGUGGAGUCCGAGAUGACCAUGGCUCUCGUGGAGCAACUGGCUGCACUACCCGUCCCAAGUAGUAGAACAGAUGACACCGCCACAUCUAACGUUACUCAGAUGCCACAAGAUGACCAGAUGUGUUGAUAAAAAUUGAUGCAGUGACACAAAGUUUUUAAUUUAAUUUUACUUAUACAUCACAAAACCAUUGGUUUUCAUUUUUAUCAUUAUAUUAUAAUAUUACUAUUUGAUUUAUUUAAAUAAA